AUGUAUCAGCACCUUGGCCUACGCAUAGGAUUGGACUCAGACGCUGCCGGCGCUUCAUCCUCAGCGCAAGAAUCUUCAGCAGCCGGUGCAUCAUCAAGCAAUGCUCCUGGUCCAUCCAGACCGCACCCUACAUCCAACCCCACAUCUGGCAGCAGAGCUGCCCAGAGUUCGAGGCCUACCUCCAACCAACAGCAGUCUUCGGCUGCGGCACCUCAGCCUUCAUCGUCCAACCAGCAAGCUGCGGCACGCCCUCAGACGAACCCAGCCAUGGCUCAUCAAGGCAACCCAGCUACCCAGCAGCAAGCUCAUCCUACUGCGCAGACUUCCUCAAAUAACGCACCUCCCGCACCUGGUAACGCUGCGCAGCCGCAGGUAGCGAAUGAAUUAGCAGCGCUCAGGGCCAGAAUAGCAGAGUUGGAGCGUUUGGAAGCUCAAGGCAACCCCAACCCGGCCAGAGCCCCAGCCCCUCAACAAGCACUUAUUGGUGACCCUGCUACCAUCGAACGUGUUCGUGCAACCAUUGCUGCGCCGAAAGAGGAUUCCAAGCAGCCUACGCUUCCAGCGCUACAACCUGGCCACAAAGUCAGUGCGCUUAGUAUGCCCAUUCCGCCCAAAGUCGAAGAGGCCUUCAAGAACUACCGCUAUGUUCCUUACUCAGCUCUCACCCACAUCGCUCGCUCCAAAGCCUACCUUCGGGGCGAAGAGUCCUCCUUCGUUUUCACGACUGAAGGCCUCACAGCCAAAGGCCUCGACCGUUCGAAUGAACUCUCCAUCUCAACGGUGGAUUGGAUUGCAGCAUCCAGAACAGCGGAAGAAAGAACACUGUUUUACUGGGGUGUCGAGAGGGCCAAUGCCCUGAGCUCGCAUCAUCAAGUCAUCUUGGAUAUUGGUCGCACGCACUCAUGGCUAGUAGCAAUGCAUUACGAUAUUCAGCAGAGGGAGCUGGCGCACGCGAACUAUGAUCACAACUUAGCUGGCUUAGAUGUAGCUGCUCUUACAAUGUUGAACAACAAAGUAGCCCAUCAACCUUCUCAGACCCAAGCUCCUGUUCCGUCGAAUAAGUGUCCGGCCCCAAAUGACUUUGCUGCUGCCCCUCGUAAGAAACCGCACACUCAGAGCUGUUGCUUUUGGUGUGGAGGGUCAAACCACCUCCCCGGAGAUUGUUCAGCGCAAUUCACAGCUGCAGGCAAACCUGUCGCCGCGAUCGCCUCCAACGCCAAGAGCAAGCAUGCCUUGGCUUCAGCCGAUGGAAGGCACUACUGCUUCAACUGGGCAAGCAGUUCCAAUUGCUCAUUUGGCGGAGCUUGCAAGAACCUCCACACCUGUAGCAUCUGCGGCGACACGUCGCAUGGAGCUGGGACCUGCAAGUCCCGACUCUGA